AUGACUCGGCACAGCAAACAUAAUACCGGUAAUGCUGUCUUCACAUACCAUGAGCGGAAGAAGGUCAAGGACUUCAACACGCUGCGGCAGCGGCUCGGCGCAGAUUCCAUGAGAAAAUGCGAGCACUGCUGGCUCUGCCUUUCGACAGCGGUGAAGCCAGUAUGCACGCCUGCCGGAUACGUGUUUUGCAAGGAGUGUAUUCUCAAGUGUUGCGCGAAGCAGCUGGAGGACCAUAAGCGCGAGGUUGAGGAAUGGAACGCGCAACUGCUGCAUGAGGAGGCUAAAAAAGCCGAGGAGUUCCACAGCACUCAGGAGUCACUGAAGCGGAAGCUCGUGGACACAAGCGUGUUCGGCGUAAGCACUGUGAAGUCUGCUAAACGCCAAGGAAGCAGCGCUCCUAACGACCGCGAAAAGGCGGCAACAGCGGCUGACAGUAAUUUUUGGGUUUCCACUGCAACGCGUCAAGGCGAUACAGAGACAAAGGAAGAACGCGGAGCGAGAAUCCCCCCUAAGCCGAAACCCGGCCUCAAGUGUCCCAUCACAGGCAAACCACUGAAGAUAAAAGAUCUGGUGGAAAUGAACCCAGACACGGAGGAAUCAGACGACCCUGCUUCAGGAGUGACCUGGGUAUGCUCGGUGUCGCAGCAACCAAUAUCGCAUAACCCUGUUCUGCUCGACCGCAAAACCGGGAAGCUGGUCCUCCGCCGCUACGUAAAGCUGUCUAACGCUGAGGAAGAUGGGCUGUUCAUCGAACUAAUCCCCGGAGGAACUGGGUUCGCUGCACACAAUGGCGUUAUGGCCAAGAAAUACCGAGAGGCGUUAUUGUGA